GACAGGCCUCUUUGCAAAAGUCAGAGAACAGGCUGUCCUCUUUGAGAUCACCCCAGAGUGGCGGUACAUCUCAAUCGCUUAGCUUCUUCCUUGCCUGCACUCUUCGUUCCCCAUUCCUUGUAUCUCUCCAAUUUGUCUUGCCUUUCCUCCUGCUAUUUCCUCAGCAGGUAUGAACAGCCUGAAGGAAAUCUGUCGUGGCCUUCCUCUCUACCCUUUACCUGAAAAUAAAGGGCGGAGGAAAGGAAUACCCCAUGCGCCUGUGAGAACUCCAAAUCUCACUGUUCAGGAGAAAAAGCUGGCUUUGCGCAAUGCCUUGCGUUAUUUUCCGCCUGAAAUACAAAAGAAGCUGGUGCUGGAAUUUGCUGAAGAACUCCGGCUCUAUGGCCAUAUCUAUAUGUACAGAUUCUUUCCAGAUAUUGAGAUGAGGGCGUACCCCAUAGGAGAAUACCCUUGCAAGACCAAAUCGGCCGCUGCGAUUAUGCUGAUGAUCAUGAAUAAUCUGGAUCCCUCAGUGGCUCAGUUUCCUCAGGAACUUGUCACUUACGGAGGAAAUGGGCAGGUCUUCAGCAACUGGGCACAGUUCUGGUUGGUAAUGCACUAUUUGUCAGAGAUGACUGAAGAGCAAACAUUAGUAAUGUACAGCGGACAUCCUCUGGGACUCUUCCCCAGCCACCAGUAUGCUCCUCGGUUAAUCAUUACUAAUGGCAUGGUUAUUCCCAACUAUUCCACCAGGGAUGAAUAUGAGAAGAUGUUUGCUUUGGGAGUAACAAUGUAUGGUCAGAUGACUGCAGGGAGCUACUGCUACAUUGGGCCCCAGGGAAUAGUCCAUGGCACUGUGCUCACAGUGCUCAAUGCAGGCCGUCGCUACCUGAAGGCAGAAGACCUGUCCGGAAAGGUGUUUGUUACUUCUGGUCUUGGAGGGAUGAGUGGGGCUCAAGCAAAGGCUGCAGUCAUUGCUGGGUGUGUGGGGAUCAUUGCAGAGGUUGAUGAAGCAGCACUUUUGAAACGUCACAAGCAGGGAUGGCUGAUGGAAAUCUCUAACAACCUGGACCAUUGCAUUGCUCGCCUUAGAGAUGCAAGAAAGAAUAAAAUUGCCCUUAGCUUGGGUUACCAUGGGAAUGUGGUAGACCUAUGGGAGAGGCUAGUAUAUGAGUUGGACACAACAGGAGAGCUGCUAGUUGAUCUGGGAUCUGACCAAACUUCGUGUCAUAACCCAUUCAGCGGAGGAUACUAUCCAGUACAGCUUGGCUUUGAGGAAGCAAAGCGGCUCCUUUCCAACAAUCCAGGGAAGUUCCGUACCCUGGUACAAGAAAGCCUGAGAAGACAUGUGGCUGCUAUUAACAGACUAGCUGAUAAGGGCAUGUUUUUUUGGGAUUAUGGCAAUGCUUUUCUAUUGGAAGCUCAAAGAGCUGGUGCUGAUGUGGAGAAAAAAGGAGCCAAUAAAACAGAAUUUCGAUAUCCUUCGUAUGUUCAGCACAUCAUGGGGGACAUUUUUUCCCUAGGAUUUGGGCCAUUCCGCUGGGUUUGUACCUCAGGUGACCCACAGGAUCUCGCUACCACUGACUCAAUUGCCAUGGCUGUGCUGGAAGACUCUAUACGCCAGGGAGUGAGCACAUCUGUGAAGCAGCAGUACCAUGAUAACAUCCGCUGGAUUCGGGAAGCUGGCAGGCACAACUUGGUUGUUGGCUCUCAAGCUAGAAUCUUAUAUUCUGAUCAGAGGGGUCGUGUGUCCAUAGCUGUGGCUAUUAAUCGAGCGAUUUCUGAAGGAAGGAUUAAGGCUCCAGUAGUCCUCAGUCGAGAUCACCAUGAUGUGAGUGGGACUGACAGUCCUUACAGAGAAACGUCAAACAUUUAUGAUGGAUCAGCCUUUUGCGCAGAUAUGGCAGUACAAAACUUUGUAGGAGAUGCAUUCAGAGGAGCAACUUGGGUCGCGUUGCACAACGGUGGUGGAGUUGGCUGGGGUGAAGUGAUCAAUGGGGGCUUUGGCCUGGUUUUGGAUGGCUCCAAGGAGGCUGAAGAACGGGCUAAGAUGAUGCUCAGCUGGGAUGUUUCCAAUGGAGUUGCCAGACGCUGCUGGUCGGGUAAUGACUAUGCUUAUGAAACGAUCUGCCAAGCAAUGAAAGAGAAUGCCACAUUGAAGGUGACUCUCCCUCACAAGGUCGUGGAUGAGAACAUCUUGGAGCAAGCUGUGAAAAAUUAGGGGGUAUUGCAAGUGCAAUGAUACUUUUGCAAUUGCUUCCUUGUUAUUUUGCUCUCUGGCCAAAUGAUAAAAGUCUUGCAAAUGUCCCUUCUAUGUGAGUUCUUUUUUUACCCUUUAGCUUGUUAUCACAGACACAUAAGGGGCCAACCUUAUGUGUCUGUGAUAGGUCCACUGAUGUCAGGAACAGUCUUUUCAUAUUUGGAAUAAUGUUUGCAAUAAGAAACUAAUAAGAAACCAGAAGAUCUAGAACCUCAAUGCUGGCUGCUGCUUUUUAAUGAAUAAACAUGGGCUACCACCCACUUGGAUGCGAGUGAUGCAAUUAGUAAAGCAUUAUAACAAAAUGAUUAUGUACUUUCCUUCUGAAAUAAAACACAACUGAUGUGAAACAAACUAAAGCACCAAAGACAAGACAGUCUGGGCUUCCUUCAACCAGUAGUUGAUUAUAAAGUAAAAUAGAGAGAGGUCUUUUUGAUCUCCCUCCUUUCUAGGAAGUAUUAGGAAGGCAUACAACCCAUUGUGCCUAGUUGCAAUGGAAAGAAACCUAUUUUGCACCUGAACCUACUGUUACAUUUGUGUUGCCAGUAAUCAGCUGCAAUGCUGAACCAAGAGUUGAGGCUUACUUUGAAACCCCAAUGCACACACAUAUUGACAGAUACAUGCAGAUGUAUUUACACAAACAUAUUUUAGAUACACAUCUAUAUUUGUGUGUGUACAAAAAUAAUUCUUAGCUAUGAUGUCUCAUACCAAGCAUGGCCUCAUUCAGACAUGAACACAGAGCAUCAGCAAUCCCUUCCUCCAGUAUGCACGUGAUACUGGACUUCAUCUGGUCUGUCACCAGUCUCCUUGGCACUGUACCUGUUACCCCUUGGAAGGCAAAGGGGUUACACAGGUAAAUCUGCACUGGCUGCUCUGGAUGAAGUCUGAUGACAAGUCUUCUCAAGCAACUACACAACUGCUAGACCCUGUGGUACUUGCCAGGUGAGCACAUUCUUUAACUCUAUUGCCUCCAGUGCCAAGUAAAGGAAACCAUUCAUUUUGAAUCACAAAUUAGUUCUUUACUCUGUUCACGUACUAUAUCUGUCUCCAGAUGAAUAGCGAGAGCCUGGCAUCUGCUUAUAACUGAACCUUCUGUGAAGUGCAAUCUGCGGUUCAUUGGAAUUGCUUUACAUUAUGGAAAAAAACACCCAUGUUGCCAAGUUAUGCGAUUGAGAUGUGAGUAGUUGUCAGCCAGAUUUGACAGCCUUUGCUUUGGCAUAUGUUAUGCAUUACCUUUUAUCAAUAAUCACACUGGACUGGGUCCAAAGUUACUACCUUUGUGUUGUACAAAAUCACUCUAAGCCUUCACAGCCUAAAAGCACAAAGGAACUGUUUUGUCAUGAGGAACAACCAGAAAAUGUCUUUUCUGUACUAAGAAAUGUAAAGCUGCUCCAUAGAUUCAUUCUAAUUCUGAGUUGAAAAUCUGUCAAAGAUGAAAUGUUGAAGAAAUAGCUACUAUGAGCUCUUCAUCCUCACAUUUAGUACUGGAAUACCUGCCAGUGUGCUUACCUUCACACCCCAGACAAAAAAGGAACAUUUUAUUCUUAUAGAAGAAGAGUUUUACUCACCAGGGGACAUAGCCUUGCAAGUACAUCGGUGUUUAUUGCCACUCAAGUCCCUGAGAGUUUCUAACUGUGGAUUACUUGUCCAGUGAUAUAGAACUGGAAAGUAUGAGCAUAAUUCAAGAGCUACUAGUUGAAGUUCAGAUUAUUAAAUGUUUGACGAUUAACUAUGUAGCAUGGGUAAGACAGAACAGGUAACAGAAAAGCAGUGAACUGAUGAGCAGUUGGUCAUAUUUAUGCCUAUUCAUGGUUUCUUUUAAUGAUGACGAAUAUAUAGUUAUGUGUGUAUGUUUAAAUCUUUCAUCUUUUUACUGCAUAUUUCAAGCACUUAACAAAUGUGAACUGAAGUUUACAAUACCUUUAGGAGGUCACAGGGAAACAGUAACCUGUUACUGCCUAGGAUGAAAUAGUAGGUGAUUUCCAGCACGCAGAAACCAUAAACAAGACCAGCGUGAAGAAUCCCUUUCUGAGUUCUGCUGAGCCUCAUUUUAUCUGUUCUCUGCUGGUUUGCAGAGAAGCUAGAACUGUGAAUGGGCUAUUGUUCUGUGAGGAUGCUUAUGUCAUUUUUAGGUAGCCGACCUCAUUGUUGGACAAACUCAAUACAGGGAGGGCAGUCUCCAAGACAUGCAUCUCUAGGCAUCGCGUCACGUCCAGACAGUGGAUAUGGACGCAGUGGAUUUCUGUAGCAAAGUCUCAAGCUUGCCACAGGCUGAAGCAUCCUUCCUAUGAAUCCUAGUACCCUAAUGCUUUACUUAAAAUGCAGGCACUUGUCCCCAAAAACUUGUGCCUUUUUGCAGAUAUAUGCAAGAGCAUAAUUCAUGUAGGACACUUGUAUAUCUGAAACCAUGAUGGUUUUUAAAGGUAUUAAGCUGUUAGCUCUCCUAGUUACUGUCUUGUUGAAUCUCUCCAGGCUGUUGCAAAUGUAAGGGAUUUGUGGCUUGUUUUUUUUUUCCUUUGAAGUCUGACAUCUCUCAGCCUAUGUGUUAAGCAAUAAACUCGUGGGCAGAUCUUUCUUUUCUUAGGUAUAUGAAGGAAGGUACUGCAAAGACCUCCAUGAGAGAUCAGUAUGGUUAGGGGCAGCCAAGAACAGGAAUGACCUACACCCAGCGAUACUCAGCAGUGGGGUAAGGGAGAUUUCAGGGGAGACUGGACUCUGCACAGAUGGCUGUGAAAGUGCGCGGUGAAGCUCUGGGUGUACCAACAGCUCUGUGGCAAAAAGUACCAGCUUCCCUGGAGCUGUGGGUGCCUGGCCAGCAGUUUCUCGUCCUUGCUGUUGGAGUGGUGAUGUUAAAUUACUCAGUGGAAAUGAGAAAUAAUUUACUCAGUGGAAGGAUCACAGCACCAUCUGCUGGGACUGGUGUCAUUUCCAUACCCAAUACAGGAUAUUUUUCCCCUUUCCCUUAAGUAUUAGAGAGCCAAAAGGCAGCUGAAUGUUCUCCCAAAGAAAGAUUUGCCUAAGGACAAAAAAAAAAAAAUGUUUUAUGCUAAUGUGUAAAUGCUGAAUUUGUAGGGUAUGGCAAUUUUUUUUUUUUUUUUGGUCUGAGUUCAGUUGACUUCAGCAUCAGUGCGUCAUUGAAAAGCCUCUUUUCCACUCUCAAUCUCUUCCUGUCUGUUUGUCUCUUUUCCCUUUCUCCUUCACAGCCCUCUCCUUGGUGCAGCACCACAGCACUCAUCGCCCUCCUUCAUUCAGGUCCACUUUCUCUGCAAGUCUGUCCUGGGUGAUGGAGUGGCACAGCCAUGCUCCGAUCAGGCGAUUCACACUGCUCAAGGCUGGGUCAUAAUGCUUUUUUUCAUUUUUCCACAGAAAGUGCACUGGAUAUUUUGCUGAAGUAUUUACGUAUUGCAACUCUCUAACUGUGGCUGCACACUUGGAAUUGCUCUGCUCUGGCAUAGCUUCUUCCUUGCUCUUAACAGGAAUAAACAGAUAGCAGGAGUCAUUUUGGUGCUUGGGAUUAUUCUGCUAUGCCACUUUAGCUAGCGAGUGGAAUUAAAGCUACAAAAAUUGCAGUUUAUGACUGCCACCAGCAAGCCGUCCUGUUUAGAGCCUUUAGGGUUUAAAAGGGAAGCCUUAUGAGGAGUGGCUCAAGUCACUGUCUGUUCAGCCCGGAGGAGACCAGGGGGAGACCUUACAGCAGCUUCACAAGGGGAGGAGGAGCAGGAACUUAUCUCUUCUGUCUGAUGGCCAGUGAUAGGGCAAGAGAAGCUCAACAUGAGCCUGAGAAGCUUGACAUGAGCCAGCAAUGUGCGCUUGCAGCCCAGAAGGCCAACUGUAUCCUCGGCUGCAUCAAAACAAGUGUGGCCAGCAGGUUGAGGGAGGGGAUUCUGCCCCACUAUUCCUCUCUUGUGAGACCCUAUCUGGAGUAGCGUGUCCAGUUCUGGAAUCCUCAACAUAGAAGGAUAUGGAGCUGUUGGAGCGGGGCCAGCGGAGGGCUAAGGGGAUGAUUGGAGGGCUGGAGCACCUUUCACACAAGGAAAGGCUGAGAGAUUUGGGGUUGUUCAGCCUGGAGAAGAGAAGGCUCCGAGGAGACCUUAGAGUGACCUUCCAGUACCUGAAGGGGCUCCAGGAAAGCUGGAGAGGGGCUGUUCACAAAGGCUUGGGGGGAUAGGACGAGGGGCAAUGGGUAUAAACUGCAGAGGGGCAGAUUUAGGCUGGACAUAAGGAAGAAUUUCUUCACCAUGAGGAUGGUGAGGCACUGGCCCAGGUUGCCCAGGGAGGUUGUGGCUGCCCCAUCCCUGGAGGGGUUCAAGGCCAGGUUGGAUGGGGCUUUGGGCAGCCGGAUAAGGUGGGAUGUCCCUGCUCAUGGCAAGGGGGUUGGAACUGGAUAAUCUUUAAGGUCCCUUCCAACCCAAACUAUUUUAUGAUUCUAAGAGGGAAUGGCAGGAAGAUGUUCCAGGGGGAGUUUAGGUUGAGUAUAGGGAAAGCUUCUUCACCCAGUGGAUGGUAGAGCGCUGGGACGGCUCUCCAGGGCAGCAGUCAGGGCAUCGAGCCUGGUAAUAGCCACAAAGCAUUUGGACAAUGCCCUCAGGCACGUGGCGUGAACGUUGGGGCUGUCCUAUUCAGGGACAGGAGCUGGACUCGAUGGUCCUUGUGGGUCCCUUCCACCGCGGGUCAUUCCCCGAUACCCGGGCCUCCCAGCCCCGUCCGUAACUCCGCUCUCCGGGUUUCCCGUGCGCCUCCCCCGCCGCUCCCACUCCG